CGGGCAGGGCUCGCCGAACCGGUACAGCCGGCUGCCGCGACGUAGUCGUCACUCACCGACCCACCCCUGCGACUCGCUCACCGCCGCCACCACCGCCGCCGCCUUGCAUCGUCUCGGCAACUUUUUAUCGAGUUACUUUUACUUGCGAGUCGUGCGUUGUGUGAUUGUGUGCGUGAUUGUGUGUGCGGUGUGUGUGGUGUGCUGUGCGCGGUGUGCAGUUUGUGUGUGCGGUGCAGUGCGUGCGUACGGAACGUGUGCAGCGUCUGCGGUGCGUGUGCGCGGUUCCUGAGCGGUGCGUGCCGUACAUGUGGUGUGUGCGUGCGGUGCGCGUGUGGCCUUACCGCUUGUUUUCUCAUCAUCGGCAACGAAAUCAGACAGCCCCAAAAAAACAUUGACGCCGCGCCUGGACAGUCUCACGCGAUCAUCAUCAGCGUCGCCAUCAUCAUCAGCGUCGUCGUCGUCGUCGUCGGGGAGUUUGUCGUUCGGCGUUGGGUUAUUGGCCAACCCCUGGGGCGGAGCGGUCGCUCCAAUGGCCUUGGAAAAUGUGGCCAGGUUUUUCCGCCAAAUCUCUCGCGAUCUCUUUGAGAUGAUAGAGAAGAUGCAGGGCAACAGGAUAGAUGACCAAAGGUGCCCCAUGCCCAAGCCCAGGUCGGAGGAUGACUACAUCCCCUACCCCAGCGUCCACGAGGUGCUGCAGCGGGAGCCGCCCUACCCGUCCGUGAUACUUCCCCAAUUCGGGGGCUACUGGAUCGAGGGGGCGGAGCGGCGGGGGAGCCAGACCCCCGAGGGGGAGGGGCCGCCCACAACCCCCGCCCCCUCGCCGGACUCCGCCCCCUCCCCCGUGGACCCCCUCUCCAUCGAGAGCCACCGCACGGCCCACCUCUACCGGCAGCACUUCCUCGGGCAGGAGCACUUCAACUACUACGCUGUGGACCCCGCGCUGGGCAUCAUCAUCUUCUCCGUAAAGCACGAGGUGGUGUCGGAGCAGGAGCACCUCCGCAUGAUCCUCCGGACGAAGGCGAGGACGUGCUACGACCUCAUCCCCAUCUCGUGCCUCACCGAGUUCCCCAACGUCGUCCAGAUGGCGAAGCUCGUCUGUGAAGACGUCACCGUCGAUAGGUUUUCCCCGAUUUUGUACCCGAAGGCGUCUAAGCUCAUCGUGACUUACGAUGAGCACGUGCUCUCCAACAACUUCAAGUUCGGGGUCAUCUACCAAAAGUUCGGUCAGACGUCAGAGGAGGAGGUGUUUGGGAACAACGAGGAGAGCGCCGCCUUCGUCCAGUUCCUGGAGCUUCUCGGGGAAACCGUGCAGCUACAGGGCUUCACGGGGUUCCGCGGUGGUCUGGAUGUGACGCACGGCCAGACGGGCUGUGAGUCGGUGUUCACGACGUUCCAUGGCCGCGAGAUCAUGCUGCACGUCUCCACCAAGCUGCCCUACACCGAGGGCGACGCGCAGCAGCUGCAGCGCAAGCGCCACAUCGGCAACGACAUCGUGGCGGUGGUGUUCCAGGAGGAGAACACGCCCUUCGUGCCUGACAUGGUGGCCUCCAACUUCCUGCAUGCCUACGCCGUGGUGCAGGUGGAGGAGCCCUGCAGCAGCAACACCACGUACAAGUUGUCCAUCACGGCGCGGGACGACGUGCCGGAGUUCAAGCCCCCUCUGCCCAACCCGGCCGUCUUCAAAAAGGGGGAAGAAUUUCGCGAGUUCCUGCUCACCAAACUCAUCAACGCCGAGCACGCCUGCUACCGAGCCGACAAGUUCGCCAAACUCGAGGAGCGCACGCGUGCGGCGCUGCUGGAGACGCUGCACGAGGAGCUGGCGCGCCGCAGCCAGGCCGUGCUGGGCCUGCCCGGGGGCCCCGGGGACGACGACCGCGCCGAGAACGGCGCCGGCGGUGGCGGCGGCGUUGGCACCGCCACCGCCACCGCCGGCAGUGGCGGUGGCGGCGGCGGCUUUCUCGAGUCCUUCAAGCGAGUGAUCCGCGGGCGUAGUCAGUCGAUGGACGCCAUGGGAGCGGCGGUGAAGAAGCAGACCGCGGCGGGGGGAGGUGGUGGCGGCGUGGCCACCGCCGGCGGCUCGGCCACCUUGGCCUCGUCGAGCCACGGAGCGCCGCUCAUCAGCCACAGCGUCAGCGACAGCAGCGCCAGGGCCGCCGGGAUCUCGUUGCUCGUUCCAGGGAAGAGCCCCGCAAAGCACGGACGCAGAGGCAGUGCCAUUGGCAUAGGCACCAUAGAGGAGGCAUUGAUCAUCCCCAGCAAGAGCCCUGUGCGCAGGAAGUCGAGUCCGUUCGGCGCUCGCAGGAGCAGCGCCAUCGGCAUCGAGAACAUCCAGGAGGGGCCCGAGAUCCGCGAGGGCUCGCUGGGCUCGCACAAGGCCGCGGAGAGCGAUCGCACCUUCCCGGAGCCUCGCUCCGACCACUCGAGCCAAAGCUCACCCGAGAUGCCCACCGCCAAGGUGGUGGUCUCCGUGGGGUCCAAGGGCAACAACAACAACGGUGGGGGGGCGACGGCGCUGCACCUGUCGCGCUCCUCGUCCAACGCGAGCAGCUUCACGAGCGUCGCCGAGGAGCACGAGGAAGGGCUCGACGAGUACGACACGGGACUAGAGGAGCGCGAAGGAGCGUCGUGCCACGCGGGAGGUGGCACCGGCUCGUGGUGCCCUUCGCCCGGCGAUGGAUCUUACGCGGCUGACGAUGACCGUGAUGUGCCGCAGGAGAGCCUGUCCUCGGCUGGCACGCCCCACAAGCGCGACUCCUUCACCUGCAGCACCUGGCUGGACGACAGCAUGGCCGUCGCCAGCAGCGGCGGCGGCGGCGGCGCCCCCGGUGCCGCCGCCUCUCCAGCCUCCGCGUGCCUCGCUGUGUCUGGGGACACAUCAAAGCCAAACGGAAAGGUUAAGGGUCACCCAGUCAUGAACCACUUGAUCGAGUCAAGAAGCCAGUGGCAGAGAGAGCUCAAGAGAGGGCAGCUGCUCACCCCAAGUGAGGAGGAGGAGCUCAAGUUCGAACCCUGCCUCUGACGACCGUGACGACGACGAUGACAACGACAAUGACGACGACGACGACGAUGAUGACGACGAUGACGACGAUGACGACGAUGCUGAUAGAACCGCCUGCGUGUUGUUUUUUUGUCGGCGCCCGGCGCGGAGGAACCGUGAGGUUUCUUGCGCCGCGUUCCUUCCACGCAUCCGUCCACGUGUGCGUUGCUCCGUCUGUCUGUCCGUAGCUCGUCCGUCCGUCUGUAUGUCCGUCUGUCUGUCCGUCUGUCUGCCCGGCUGAUAGCUCGUCCGUCCGUCCGUCUGCCCCGUACAUUGAGCCCUCCGCCUGUAUUCGUGUCCGUCGCUGUCUCUCUCUGUCCAUCGACGUGAAUUUUUACCUUUUCAUCCGUUCCAUCCGUCUUCCUGUCUUCCUGUCUGUCCACCGCUCUGCCUGCCGGCCAUCUCUCUCGUCACAAGUUCCUACCGCCAUCACAAAGCCCCACCCAUCCCACCCACCCCGCCCACCAACCUACCCCACCCACCCCACCCACC